AUGGAUAAACUGCGAGGCAACAAUGCGGCCGGCGAGAAUCCCUUCAAGCGGCCGAUGAAUGCGCUCCAGAAGCAGUGGUACCGCGUCCUGCUGGCCCGCCGUGUGGGAUUCGGGCAGCGGCCUCCGCCCGACGAAAGGGAGCCCACGUACGCGGACAUUUGUCGCAAGCGCUAUGCGGCAACGUUCCGGCGAUACAACGAGUGCUUCCGCCGGGAAAUGGCCAAGCAUGAGGAGAUGCAGCGAUGCGCCAUCGACGCCAUGAGGGUUCACAGGACCUUUGCCAUCACCACACUUUGGCUGCCUUUGCACUCGAAGCGGGAAAUCAACUCCACGCUGGAAACCCUCGAAAAGGUGCUCACCGCCAAGGAAAGACGACGCCUGCAGGAGAUUCUCAAGCAGGGCGAGUCCUGGCACUCGCAUCGCUAAGGCUACAUCCAAGGCCACUACUCACAUUCAG